GAGCGGGCCGCUGGCAGCAGGGCCGGCGUGGGGAGCGUGCGGUCCUCGGAGAGAGGGCGGGGUGCUCCGCCGCCAUGCAGCAGACGGGCGUCGCCAUGCCCGCCGUUCUGCAGCCCCGCCUGCUGGCCGCCGCGGGCCUCCUCGCGUGCGCGGCGCGCCUGCUGGCCCCGGCCGCCUUCGCGGCAGGCGGCCUUGCCCUGCCCACCGCCGGUUACGCCGGCGCUCCCGCGCUGACGGCGCGUGGCGGCGCGGCGCAGGGCGAGGGCGCCGCGCCAGCUGGCGCGGCGACGGCCUCGCUCGCAGGGGCAGUGGCUGUGGGAGCCGCGCUGGGCGCGGCCGCCAGCUUCGCCGCCCGCAGCAGCAGCGCGGUCGCCCGCCGCACGCACGCGGUGAAGAUCUACGACACGUGCAUCGGCUGCACGCUCUGCGUGCGCGCGUGCCCCGUGGAUGUGCUGGAGAUGGUUCCAGCCACGGUGAACGCGGCCAAGCAG